GGGCAGUAAGUAAAACAUCGCACGUCAGCAGGCAUCACUGUACCGUCGCCCACCGCUUCAUCGGGUCCAUCAAAGCCAACAGAAGUUCGAAGCCCGUUGAAACAUGCUAGUGCUUGCUUGGUGAUUUUUAAUUUUUACGCUGUUGUUUGUCUUAACUCUUCGCGUGUGCAGUGUUAUUUUGUUGGAAACAUCUUCCUAACGUGUAGCGCCGGAAGUUUCUUACACCGAUCCGAAAUCAUUGCCCGUCCAGAAAUACGAAGCAACGAAGAUGAUGAACGAAGGAUUCGAAAGCUAUGUGAAAGAUUUGUUCAACGACCCGACCCACAGCGAUAUCAGCAUCGUCGUUGAUCAAGAUAAGGAAAUCCCAGACGGAACAGUUGCCAUACCCGCUCAUCGGCUUGUGCUGGCCACAAUGUCUGACUAUUUCCGAACGAUGCUGUACGGAAACUUCAUCGAAGCUAAAAAGUCGGAGAUCCGGCUGCACGGAGUGCCCUAUUCCACUUUUCAGCAGUGUUUGCGGUUCAUGUAUUUCGGAUGGGAUACCACAUUGAGCCAGAUGUCCUUGGAAGAAGGAAUGGAAUUCUAUUCGCUGGCAAGUAUGCUUCUAAUGGAACCGAAGUUCAAAACAGAGUACUCCAAAUGGCUUACUAAAAAUGUCAUUAAAUGGGAAAAGCAACUGUGGACAAUCGUGUCGAUGGCUGUCGAAAGCGAUCUACCGGACGUCGUAAACCGAUGUGUGGGAUACUUUUCCGAUGUUGCUAACGAGUUACUUGCCUCCGAGGAUUUUCGCACAGUCCCAUUGUCCGUUAUAAGAAAGGUAAUCUCAUGCACGAAAAUGAACUGCAGCAAAGUGUUACUGACGAAAGCGAUUAAAUGCUGGAUUGCCUCUAAUGGCGUCGCUCCUGACACUAAAGAGGAACUGCUAGCAUUAGUUCGAUCCAAAAAAGCUCCAUUCUUCAAAGGAAACAAAGUUAGGCAUCAUACUUACACACUAGAGAAAAUGGAACUGGAUUCAACACACCCUCCACAAGACAGUUAUUCUUCAAUACUUCGCUUCCAGAAAUGCGUAAAGUUGGUUGGCGUGUUACUCAUCUUAGAGGUACCGCGCUCUGAACAAGUUGAUUUCAUGUUGAAGGGAAACAUGGAUUUGAAAGUGGACGUCAAACCCGCGGGCUUUGAUCCUGAUUACUCUGACACAGAUUAUAACAGUGAUGGUGACAGUGACUACCCAUCUUUGACAAGGAUUGCCAGCGUGGCGUACGAUUUUAGCCGUCGCAACCUGGACGAGGUGACCAUUUUCUUCCCGGAAAUUCAAAUCUGUGCCUACAAGGACUAUUCGUUCACAUUCAGCUGGAUCGGUGAUGGAGAACAUUUGAAAAUCCACAACUUUGGAAGGAGUACACCAAAAGGUUUGGUUGUCCUAGGUGAAUCAUGUGUGGCAGGUGUCUAUCGAACUCUUGCUUCGGACUAUGGCAAGAAACUGUGCGAAAGCUGCAAUCCGUACAACGACAGAUACCGAUCGGACGACAGCCUUGAUAGUUGGGGUUGGGGUUGGGGUCGCAGUCGCAAAUAUGAUGAUAGCUCGACGAGCGACUAUUCCUAAGUAUUGCUCGCUCAUAAUGAGAAAACGCCUUUUUAAACAUAAAAUAACUCACUCGUUAUAUUUGUUCGUUCAUUGUUUCUUAAUGUUUUAAUGAAUUACAUGAAAUAUUCGUUCCUAUCGUAUUGUUUUUACUAUUCUUUCGAAGCACUAGUUUUAUCUAAAUCGUCGACCCUUCUUAACCCUU